AUGGAAUCGUGCAAAGUCAACGAAAUAGUCCUCGAUACAGGUUGCCAUUUAACGGGGCAUAAAUGUGGAGUGAAUAUGGUAUUCAGGACCAUUAGCGAAGAAAGAAAUGAUUCAUUACAACUUCGGUAUUGUGUCCAACGAUGCUCUUGCGAGAGGGAGGAAUUUGUAGCAAAAACAUUUCAUUGUGAAAGGGCUAAAAUUCAAUUAAAAAGCGAUAUGGUUACGAACGAAUAUCUUCAAGCCAAUGCUCGCGAAAUCAUGACAUCUUUCAUUCCAUUAUAUUCUCUGGGUUUUCAGUAUUGUCCACGAGCCAAUUACAAAUUGGGGAAAGAAAUAACUGAUCUGGGCUGCCGGAUGACUGGCUUUAAAUGCGGAAGCAAUAUGGCUUUCGUUACAUGGUACUAUGAAGGAGGAUAUUACAAACCUGGAAAAAAAGUCUUCGAUUUUGACUGUACGCUUACGGGUCGAGAAUGUGGAGCUAAUAUGAUAUUCGUCAGGCAAAGAAAUGACACCGAUUAUUGUAUUCAGAUUUGCAAAUGUAUAAAUGACGACUAUAUCGAAAGCGACGGGCAAUGUCUCAAAAAGGAAGAGUUAAACGAUAAUGCAGCAAUCGAACGUUUCACCAGUAAAGGGCGUCGAAAACUCAUUGAGGUCGGCCAUAUAUUCGGAGAUUUUGGCUGUUUUUCAACUAAUACUGCAUGUGGAACCAAUAUGAUAUUUCGUCCAUUCAUACAUUUCUAUAAUAUAACCGAUUCAAUAUCGCACGAAAAGUGUUUGCAACGUUGUUCGUGUAUAAAUGAUAAAUACGUAGAGGAAAAUAAACAGUGCAUUGAGCGUACUCAAAAUCUGAACUCACUAAAUGAGGUUAAUAUGGGAUGUCAAUUAAGUGGUCAGAAAUGUGGAGUUAAUAUGUAUUUUAUUCCAUUCGCUGUAAAUUUGUCGGCGAAUAUAUGCACGCAGCAUUGUCACUGCGACAAUGAACUUUUUGUACUAAAUGGCGAACAAUGCAUUAAUCGAAACAAUUUAUUCAGCAGCACUCUUGAGAAUAAUAUUAGCGAAUCAAAAGGAAGAGAGGAAGAACACAAUUCACUAAAUUGCUUGUACGGGAACUGUUUGCUUUCUCAAGAAAUCCUUGAUUAUGGUUGUAAAUUAGACGGACAACCAUGUGGACCGAAUAUGACGUUUCGAUUAAUCGAUAAAGAAGAACUUGGAGAUAAAGAGAUUCUUGGCUGUUCAAAACGAAAUUGUACCGUUGGUCAGAUGGUUUUCGAUGAAGAUUGUCGUUUAGCUGGUCAAAAUUGUGGAACAAAUAUGGUAUUCGUUACUCGCGGAACAAUAUUUGUAUCAAACACUCAAUAUUGUUAUCAACGUUGCAGUUGCCAAAAUGAGGAAUUUGUUGAAAAUAAUUUACAAUGCGAAAAAAAAGAUGAAUUUCAUUUGGCGAAAGGAAUAUAUCAAAUUAAUUUUACCGAAUAUUGUCCACAAAAUCGUUACAAACAUGAAGAAGAGAUUUUUGAUGCGGGCUGUCGUUUGACUGGUCAAUAUUGCGCACGAAAUAUGGUAUUCAAGACUGUCCAAAAUUUUUUCAAUAAUUGUAUACAACGUUGCACUUGUGCAGAAGAAUACAAUUACAAUGAAGAAGAUGGAGAAUGUUUUAGAAAUUGGUACUGUGAAGGAGGGUACUGCAAACAUGGAAGGAUGGUUUAUGAUAAUGGUUGUACGCUUACUAACUUUAAAUGUGGAACCAACAUGAAAUUUGUUAUCUUGGAAAUAAUUGAUGGUGGAAAUUGUAUCCAAAUAUGUAGCUGCGCAGACGACGAAUAUAUUGGAAUUGAUGGCGAGUGUAUAAAACAAAGUGAAACGUCAGAAUAUCCACGUAUUUUGGAAUCAAGCAAUAAUAUUUCUGAUUAUCAGAANAUGAUUAAUGGCAAUUCGCCUGAUUAG